AUGAGGAGAUUGAUUGAAUAUAUGAUAGCUAGAAAGGGAGGAGACAGGUUGCCAAGGUGAAUGUAGACUACGUUAUUCUAGCCCUGAUGACCAAAUAGCGCUCGUAAUUGCCGCUCGUCGUUCAUGAAAGGCGAUACCAAGGAACCAGAGGAUGUUCGCGUGGAACGGAGGCGUAGCAUCACUCACUGAAUGGCUGCAUGCUGUGUGGAUGGAGAGGAAGCAAUUUGCGCUCAAGGCAACAGAUCAAAAACUUUAUGAUAUCUGUAUUUACUUUAUUGAUAAAUACAUCCGAAACACCUUGGUUCAUCUGUUUCCCUAAUCUGUGAGCUCCAUUUCACGCCAUUUCAAUGGAACGGAGCGAGUACUGUCUCUGAGUUCAGUUCAUCAGGAUAACCUAUCAGGACGCAAGGAGACGCACUGGCAACAAAGCGUAACGUCAGUAGUACUCCAUAAAGGUGCUAAAAUCCAUCGUCUGGGGUACAGCGCAUCAGAGGGGGGGACUCGGAACGCCUCGGAACCUCGCAGAACCCAGCGUGAGUGUUUGGAACCCCUGGGUCUGGCCCUGUGUCCUGGAGGAGGCAGCUGUGGGACAGACUGGCACGUCACGUGGCGCUGCUCUGCCUGACCCCCUCUCCAGGCCUCACCCCUCAGAGGGCCCACUCCGUCUGCCUGGUGUGGAGAGGAGCAGGCCCUCAACCUCAGUGGGAAGGAGGAGUAGUGCUCUGUGUUUUUUUGUGAUCAGAGUUUCCUAAGCAGUGAUUUUUCAGGAUACCUGGACGGUGGAUGUGAUUUAGACUGAGUUUUGCAGUGAGACUGGAGUGAGAAUGUAGAAGAUCACCUUGUUUUACCUCUGAAGAUCAACAGGACAUCUGAUUUGAAGUGACCUGCAGGCUGGAAAACAACUGAUAAUACCUGGCCUUUGGACUAGAGAAGAGCCUCUGAGACAGUGCUGUUGUUGUGUGUGUGUGUGUGUAAGCACACUAGACACCCAGUCCUCUUAACAGAAUCAGGGCUGUUCUGUCACACUGAUAUAAGAGGAUUACAACUCAACAGAAGACUACACAUUCAACCAAACUCCUCAGGAGACUGGAGCCCUAUCUUUCUUUUGAAUGUUUUCCCUUGUCUCCUCAGUGGCAGCCAGUGCUAUUUGAUUUAACGUAUCUUCCCAAGUCUAGUUGGCUCCUCAUUUCACGCACCUCGGUAGUUCCAAGUCAACUAGUUCCUCAUCACCAUGGUGAUGUCCCAGGGCACGUACACCUUCCUGGCCUGUUUCGCUGGGUUCUGGUUGGUGUGGGCUCUCAUCGUCAUGCUGUGCUGCUUCUGUAGCUUUGUCCAGCGUCGUCUGAAGAGGAGGAGGGAGGAGAGGCUGAGGGAGCAGUGUCUAAGGGCCCUGGAGAUGGAGUCACUGGAGUGCCUGGGCACUGCGGGGUUGGCUGGGUACCCUCCAUCCAGAGAGCCCCUCCAGUUCUGCCCCCCGCUGACCCUCUCCCCACCGCUGCACAUUCCUCGAUCCCUCCCCCAGGGCAGCUGGGCCUCCCAACAAGAGAUGGACGUGUUUGGGAAGCCCCCCUGCUACGAGGAGGCUGUUCUGAUGGAGGACCCCCCUCCCCCCUACUGUGAAGUGCUGGCUGACAGCCGGGGGGGCACCUACACCAAGCUCACCCCCCAGGCCUCCAGGCUGCAGCAGCAGGAGCCUGAGACCUCCAAGACUGCCCCUGUCACAGUGUUCUCUGAGCGGGGCUACUCCUCCUUGAUCCGCCUGCCCCCCGCCCGACGCUGGGACUCCCUGGGUCACCUGCUCUCCACAAUGGACCUCAACCACAACACCCUCCCCACGGAGCCCCUCUCUCUGCAGGCCCAGGCCACCGUCACCAUGCCCCGCGAGGGCCGGACUCACACACACCCAGAGCUAGGGCUGAGAAGUAUCCAUGGGCUCCAGGGGCUCACGGGGCUAGAGCAGAGUUGUGGCUUACCCACAGCCUUCCCUCUUCUGGGUCGCAGCACAGCCGUGUAGGCCUGACUAACCCUCCUGGAGGUGGGGGUCAGACUGGAGCUAAGGACACUUGGUUGAGGUGGAGAGGCGUUGGGUUGGGUUUGAGGAGUUGCAUCUGGGUUGUAGAGUUGGACUAAUGAUGAAGGGGAUAGAGGAGGAGAAAUGUCCUUCAGACUCCCAGCAGCCAGAGGUGUUGACAGAGUGAGAUGGGACACCCUUUCUAAAGAUGGUCUCUCUUCCCAGCUUUCCUCUCAUCCUCCCUCCAUUAUCUGUCUCUCUCUCUCCCUCCAUUUCUUUCUAUUCUCUAUAUCUCUGUAGUUGUGUUGAUCUCUCUAUUCUCUGCAGCGUCGCAGCCUGAUGCAGAGCAGCUAUUAUAUGAGUCUGCUGUUGCCAUAGCUCCCUGGAACUGUCUGUUGCCCAUGACACCUUGGGCCCCUAGCGACCUCUCCUCCUCGCCGAGUUUCUAAAGACAUUUCCAUAGCCUUUCUUUGUAUGACUGCAGGUUGAAAGAGGGGGAACUCUUUAAUGACCUGCAGUAGCUCUGUGUUGCUUUUUCUCUUGAUGUAUAGUAUGUACAGUGAAGGACCAAGAAAGACAUGUUGGGGCAUUCAGCCCAAGUAACUAUCGCCCUGCUCGGAGCAUUGCAAUGUGCAAUGGAAACUCUGUUUUGGAUUGAAAAAGCUCUUCUUCAGCAUUACUGUCAUAACAUCUUCAAGAUGUUCUGAAGUGGACUAUGAAUAUCAAUUUGAUAACCCCCAGCUGGGGAUUGUUGCUCCUCAGUGUACAGCAACUGCGUGUGUGCGUAAGUGUGUGCCUGCGUGUGUCUGUCUGUGUGUGUGUGUGUAUGUGGUUGCUAUCUGUCCACGAGGGAAGUGUUUUAUCAAGAUUGUGAUUGUAAAUCCAUUUCUUUCUUUCUCUCCCUGUCAUUAUCCCUCUGCCUUACUCUCAAGCUACUCAUCAGGCUAGAUGUCGCUGGGAGACGCUCUCCUUCGCAUUGCCAUGGGGGUGCUACAGUACAUAUAGCAGACACCAUCACAGAAAAUGUCAUCUGUCAUGGUAGAAAAACAAAGCUAUCACCAUGCACCAAGCAAUUGCAGAGAUGGGAUUUCUGUUCCUUUUCCUGAUUAAAAAAAAAGGUUUAUUCAGCUAUGAAAUGCUUUUGCAGGGGGAAUGGAAUCUAUCCAAUCCUGACCUCCCUUACUACCCUGUUAAGCCUGUUAGGAACAGUGUUACCACCAAGGUCCACCGCUUUGUUAUUAGCUGUUAUGUAACCCAAUUCAAUCACAUUACAUAAUCCACUGAAAUUAAUGGAGUAUUUGAUGGCCUGGGCUUACUUGGCAGUACCCUUGAGAUGCUCGGACAAAUUAGGAAGCUUGUCAGUGCAAAGCUGAAGUGCUGUCCUCAAGGAGCUUAUAUAAAUGUAGAGAUAGGGAACAUACAGUACCCAAAGCCAGGAGAGAGAGAGAUGAGAGGGAGAGGGAGAGAAUGAGAGAACUACUUGAGGCCAUGAGAUAAUGUUAUUAUUGAGAGGUAAAAAGUAUUUCAGUUUGAAUCUAUACAGACAAUGUCACAGUUUGUCCUGGGUUCUAUUGACAUAUUACGGUAGUUUGUUGUUCUGUGUAACAUAGCAUUAAGUUUAUUUUGGAUGCUGUAACAGCUCUCGUCGAAAGGAGUGGACCAAAGCACAGCGUGCAAAGUGUUCAUGAUUAUUUUAUUUAAAAAAACACACAAACAAAAUAACAAACGUGAAAACGAAAGCGCACAGUUCUGUCAGGCAGAAACACUAAACAGAAAACAAGAUCCCACAAAAAUGACAACUUAUAUGUGAUCCCCAAUCAGAGACAACGAUAGACAGCUGCCUCUGAUUGGGAACCACACACACACACACACACACACACACACACACACACACACACACACACACACACACACACACACACACACACACACACACACACACGGCCAAAAACAAAGAAAUAGAAAACAUAGACUUUCCCACCCGAGUCACACCCUGACCUAUCCAAACAUAGAAAAUAAUAAGGAACUCUAAGGUCAGGGCGUGACAGAUGCUGAUAUUUAAGAUAUUUUUUACCAAAAGUAUAGUCUACAGCAGGUAUUCCCAAACUGGGGCAAUGCUAUCGGGGGUACGCCAAAAAAAUGUGUUCCGCAUUUUAUUUAAAUACAUUUAAAAAAUAUAAUUUUCUUCACAUUUUCAAACAGUCCAUUUAUAUUUUCCAACUUGGCUAUAUAUUUGGGUGAGGUUUUUUUUAUCGCCUGAGUAGCCUCGUUACACUGUCUUUUUUUUAACCAUCUAGUGUUCAGCGAAAUAACAACACAAUGUCAAAUACAGGUAGUCUAGUCAAAUAAUUAACAUCCAAUCACAUUAACCAUUACUCUCUCGUGGGUAUUCCACUAACGGUCCGUAUGUAGCCAAACGUAGCUGCUGCUCAUUCCGUUUGCUCGAAAAUUGAUAAAUGGUUAAAAAAAGUAAGGCCCUCGUCCAUAGAGACACGUGCCAGCUCUACUGGUAGUACUGCUACUACCAGCAGUACUACACCUGCACCUGUCGACGACAAGUUGUUCCGCUUCCACAUGCACAUCCAAUGCUAGCGUCAGUAAUUCUACAUUUGUUGUUAGCCCAGCUAGCAUGGACACUGACAGUUGUGAAUCUGUUGCAGCUGAAGAGCUACUGCCCCAUUACCCGGGAAAGCACCAAACAAUAGAC